AUGGGUAAAAUAACUAGAGUUAGAACAGGAUGUUGGACUUGCAAGAAAAGAAAAUGUGAUGAGACUAAACCAGUGUGUAAUAAUUGCAAAAAUACAGGAAGGAAAUGUGAAGGCUAUGAAUUAAGAUUAUCAUUUGAUAUUUUCCAUGAGGGUCAACUGAGUAAAAAGAGAAAGAAACAACAAAUUAAAAAAGAAGAAGUAGAGCCUCCAGCUGGGGUGAAUUCUCCAAAUACGAUUCAAUCAAUAUUAAAUGACCAAGAGGCAGACUUAAAUAAUCAAAGUUUAGUAAAUCAAAACAGUAAUCUAGGAGAUUCAUCAUUUGCAACCUCAAGUACAAAUUUAAAUCAAUUUAGUAGUGCAUUAUUUGAAGAUUUACAAUCGCUAUUAUCAUCAACACUAGAUAAGUCACAACUACCGAUAAAUAUAGAACAGACAUCACCAUCAACAGCUUUAGACUUAUUUAAUUUUGAUUUUCAAAUAAUUGAUUUUAUUGACAAAACUCAAAUCUUUGAUGCUAAUCAUAAAUUGUUAUUAAAUAGCAUAGAAUCCAAAGAGAACGAAGUGGUUGCGGCACCAGAUUCAUCUACGUUAUUUGCAAUGAGUCAUCAAGAAGAGAAUAUGAUGUUGAAACAUUUUUUCAAUAAACUUCUACCAUUAUUAGAUGGACAUCCAAAAUCUCCAUGGCCAGAUUUAGCUUUAAAAUAUUGCGAUUUUGAUAUAGCAAGAAGUUGUUUCAUAUCACUAGCAUGUAUUCAUAUGUAUGAAAGUAGAGCUGGUGGUAAUGAGUUAUAUCAAAAGGGGGUUGCUCAUAUAAAUAAUACAAUGGAUCACUUGAUACAUUAUAUAAGAGAAAAUUCAGGUAAAAUUAAUGAUGAAAACGAGGAAAGUACACUGAAAAAAUAUAUAAGUUAUUUUGUUAUCUUGGUACUUAUGAAUGUUCAUGUAUUAUUUGCAGUAUUAGAAAAAGGUAAAAGUUCAAUAGCAAGAGAAUUUUUUAAAAUAUUUGCAGGUAUUUGUAAAGAUCAAAAGUUUUAUGAUAACAUUAUAAUGACAAGUGAUAAAAGAAGAUCAUUAUCAAUUGUGUUGAGUUGGUAUGAUACUGUGAGUGCAAUUACUUCGCCUGACUGUCGAGUUCCAUAUUGUUUACCUCAUUGGUAUGGUACAGCAAAUGAUACAAUUUCGUCUAUUAAAAUGAUGGGAUGUCCUGGCGAGAUAUUUACAGCAAUGUCAGAAGUUUGUGUUUUAAGGAAUAAAAAAUACAAUAAUGAAUUGACAAAUGAAGAUGCAACAAUGAGUUAUAGUAGAAUAAAAGUUUCAUUAUUAAAUUAUCGAGAUUAUGUUUUAGCUUAUGAUCAAGAUAGUACUUCAGAUUAUAUAAGUAGAUUAAAAUGUGCAUUAUGCUGGUCAUUGGCUGUAUGGAUUACAAUGAAUAGAACAAUUGAACCAACAAAUUAUAUAUCACUUAAUCAAAAAUUAACUGAUGAAUUUAUAUUAACUUAUGAUCAAUUAGAUCCAAAAUCUUCACUUGUUACUCAAAUGGUAUGGCCAUUAUAUGUAAUUGGAUGUGAAUGUGAAACUGAAACUGAAAAGAAUUAUUUAAUUAAAUUUAUGGAUAAUCUUUAUGAAAAUACCAAAAUGGGUACAACUGUUUCAUUAAAAGAAAUUGUAUUAAAUGUUUGGGAAAAAAAUGUUAAUCAAGAAGAAUAUCUUAUAGAAUGGUUGGGUAAUAAAGGUAUUGAUUAUUUACCCUUGUAA